AACGAAUUGGGAAGUGUUUCGUAGCCUGUACAUGUAGAAGCUUCUGUUAACGUUGUCUAUUAUGCCUAAUCUGGCAUGAACCCUGCCUCGGCCGUGUCCACGUUACUAGCACGUCGCUGAUCUGUUAUGUCUGCUCAGUCUUGAAACGGCAUUUGACGGACCAGGGUUUGCAAUCACUGAGAGUGACGUGUAAGGACAGUCUGGUGCCCUUCGCCUACUCUAUCCGCUUGUAUGGCCGCCAUACUACCGCCGGUUUAUCGUCGAACAUCAUUCCCUCCGUUCAUGCAGCUCACGCCCAUAUCAUCCUCCUCACCUAUCACGGAGGUAAUCUCGAAGCUGCGUGCAUCUCUGCGCCAAGCGAUUGAUUCUUCGUAUGCAUAUGAUCAGCUUCGGACGCCGCCAUUGUCCAGUCAAUUGAUUCGACCCAUACUUAGAUGGCUUACCAAGAGUAAACAUCCCGGGAUCAUCCUGGCGUUGAUAUGGUGUAAAAUGGAGUUCGAUGAUCGGGCUAAUGGCGAGAGAAAUCAUGAUAGCGCUCGAGGAUGGGCAGCAGAACUUCUUGCUAUCCGUUUGUUGAGCAACUAUACGCCUACUGGUCUCAUCAAUAGCCUCACCACUGAGUUUGAUCCUCGUGAUAGCACACCAGCUACUCCUGCUACUCCACCACGUUUGGAUGACCGAGCACCACUUUUAGCUCCGGGUAUGAUACGUUCGACUAGUGACAUAUCUUCCAACAGUGUCAAUGCCCUGGAGCUCGCCAUAUUGGCCCCUGCGAAGCAUUUUCUUGCAAGCUCACGUGUACAAGAAGUCCUGAACGCCGUUUGGAGAGGAGAAGUUGUGUUCUGGACAACCAUGAACGUCGACUCACACAAGAAGGCGGUGUUCUAUAAGCCUCAUAUUCACGGUCGUACGCUAGAGGAGUUGUAUUCCAGACUACGCGUACCCCGGUCUCGUGUACUCUGCGAGACAGUGAACCGCGUCAUCUUCCUAGCUUUGUACCUGUGGGUUCUUGCUGCCACUCCUCCCGAGAUUGGAUGGCUAUGGAAGGAGCUUGUCUUGUUAAUCUGGAUCUGUGGCUAUGUCUUGGAUGAGGUACAGGCGUGGCGUGACAAUGCCGGAUUGUGGUGGGGUGAUCUUUGGUGGGGUGCAGAUGUGGGUCUGUGCACUAUCUGGUUUGCUUGGGCAGGAGUGCGACUUUUCGGGUUGCUCGGUGGGGAAGGGUAUUGGGGAACAGCAACGGUGGCAUGGAAUGUGCUUGGUCUUGCUGCCAUCAUCCUUGUGCCAAGAUGCUUCUCGGUGUUCAGUCUCAUUCCAUAUUUCGGCAUUUUGAUGCCCUGUCUACGCCGUCUGACCUGGGACUUCUUGAAGUUCAUGAUUCUUGUUGCUGUCAUUUACGUCGGAUUUGUGAUCACUUUCUGUGUUCUGGGCCGUGAGAAUUUUGGCAUACAGCGCAUGUCAUGGAUCCUUAUACGCAUCUUCUUCGGAUCCAGCUACGUUGGGUUUGAUGAAAUGUACAACAUCAACCCUGUUUUUGGUCCAACGCUGAUGGUCAUAUUCGUGACGGUCACACAAAUCUUACUGGUCACGAUUCUCAUUGCCAUCCUCUCUAACUCCUUCUCCACGGUCAUGAACAACGCCCGCGAAGAAUACCUGUUCCUCUUCGCAGCCACAUGCAUCGAAUCAACCAUAUCGGAUCACCUUGUCGUGUUUUUUCCGCCGUUCAACAUCUUGACAAUUAUUCUUCUGCGGCCGUUCCGCCUGUUCUUGUCACAUUCCUCCCCAAGUCUGCGGAGGAUGAAGCUUUGGCUGCUUUUCAUUACACAUUCUGCGUUUGUGCUCUUGGUUGCAAUGUGGGAGUCACUGGAACGUCGCCUGCCAAACAGGAGCGCCAACCGCCCGGGCUUGAGCAAGGCUAGAACGAUGACCGUUGAGGAACUUCUUCGCAGUGGUGAUGGAGGUACGCCAUUCAGGGGCGGUGCGGGAGGUAUAGGUUUUGGUAUUGGUCUGCGGGGUUCUCGACCUCUCCGGAGUGGUACUGCCUCUGAAGACGAGACAGAGGAUGAGACUCAAUAUCAGGAUGGAGGUAUAGGCGAGUUGCGAGAGAGAAUCGGCAGGGUGGAAAGUGAGUUGAGACUACUUAGAGAGGAGCUUAUGGAAGCUGUAGGAAAGAGGGUUGACUAAGGGUACUCUGUAUGGGGGAAGAGGUGGUAAUUGUGGGUGUGCGCUCGAGUUCUGGGAAGAGAGGCUCGUGGUCAUGUUUCUGCUCAUUUAUAUCGAUUUACCCUAAAUACCUAUAGGUAACAUGUUUUUUGUUCGGUUCCACCAUUGUUCGCACUUUGUGAUUUGUCGCACGGUC